CCUUCUUCCAUCUCUCCCCAACCUUCUUUUCUCUCGAUCUAUCAGCCAGUUUGGUCUGAACAUGGACUUCUCACCUAGUAUAAUUAACAAGGUCAGUAUCAUUGGUUGAUUGUCCAACACGAGACAAUCGACGAGCCCCACAGCCAAGACUUAGCUCCAGUUUACUAUGUAUAGACGGUGACAACUAUAUUAUCAUCGCGUCAGAAGCGUGUCGGUAUGUUAGACAGCUCCUGUCCAUCAUGUCGGUAUAUCCAAGACCAUUAACAAUCCAGCAAAGCCAAGCACAACGACUUCAAUGGCUUUGUAUCUCUGGAUCCACUGAUUAGUGGCGUCUGUCAGUCACCUUGGCCGCACCAUGCAUCCUGACACAUCUCACCUUUCUGAUCUUGACUCGACCAUACACUCGACCUGGUUGAUUCAAAUACACACAUACAUCUAUAGAUAUAUCUAUACUUCUUGCAAGUGGAUGUAUUUAUAUGAGGAUGUACGGUUGAUACAAGGCGAUCAAGUGACCCACUUGUCCGGCCAAUCCGUGGCGGCUGAUUGAAUGCCGGCCGAUCCAUCCGUUACUAAGGAAGAAGUACUCCCCGUCGUACGUACGCCGUUACACUCCUUCUUGGAACCUGACUUAUCCUUCCUCUCCCUCCUUUUCUAUCUUUUCCAUCAUCCUCCUUCGCACGCCAACUGCUCCUUUCGCGAAGCCGGAUCAUGAGUCAACUCUUCUUGCGAGGAGUGCUACCGGCACUCCUCCUCGUUUCACCCGCCCUGGCCCAUGGAGGCCACGAAAACGUCCCCGAAGGCGAGGCUAUCUCCUUGGAGCCGAUCGACUCGACGUUAUGGAUUCAUAUCAUUCUGAUGGGAUUUGCCUUUGGCAUCCUUUUUCCGCUGGGCAUGGUUCUCGGGAUCGUGCGCUCGCGCUGGCACGUUCCUGUCCAGAUUGUCGCUACCUGUAUCGCCGUUGUCGCCUAUUUCCUCGGUCACGCCCAUAAAGGCCGCCAGUUCGGGAAGAACGUCCAUCAUUCCUUCGCAAACGUCCUCAUGCUCAUGAUGGCCGUGCAAGUCGUCUUCGGCCUCUACCUCAAAUUACACAUCACGAAAGGCAUCCACGGACGCAUCCGCCGCGUUUUUGUCGUGGCCCACGGGGUGCUCGGAAAGGCGAUGCCGGUGGUCGCUUGGGUCCAGAUGGUGUUUGGGGGGAUCGCGGCGCUGGGUUUCUGCCAGAGUGACCAUAUGGGACAGUGUUUGGCCCACUUCAUCAUGGGUAGCGCGUUCAUCGCGUAUGGGAUCCUGCUCACCAUCCUCCUCCUGGUGGGCCAGUACUGGCUGCGUCGCACGGGUCGGAGCCAGGAAUUCUUCGACUCGUUGAUCAUCGCGGCCUGGGGGUGUGUCAACACCUUUACCGAACAUCGAUGGGGGGGUCCUUGGGUCCACAACGACCUGCAGCAUACCACCAUGGGCAUUGUCUGGUGGUGCGCGGGUCUCCUAGGUAUCUGGUUGAGUCGCAACCGGGACGGUGGCCCCAAGCGUAACCUGAUGCCCGCCAUUGUCAUCCUCUUGACUGGUUAUGCCAUGUCCGCGCACACGCAGCACUUGAUGAUCAGCACCAUGGUCCACUCCAUCUUCGGCUACACGCUGAUGGCGGCUGGCGCGGCCAGAAUCGUCGAGAUCUCGUUCGUCCUGAAGGACAAGCCCACCCUGAGUCCCAACGGCUCGAACCCGCACAGUUUCCAAUUCGUGACACCAUUUCUUCUGUAUGCGUCUGGUUUCCUCUUCAUGGGUGCCACGGAAGAGCAGAUGCAACUCCUCGACCAGGCCGGGAUCAUGCACGUGUCAUAUGUCCUCAUCCUGUACAGCAUUGCGUUCCUCCUAUUCCUGUUCGUCAAUGUCCUUAUCCACAUCUACGCCGUCCACGCCUGGCCCGAAUCCACCCAGCCCUCCCGCACCCGCUACGACGGUUUCGUUGACGAGGCCGAAAACCCCGACAGCUACGCCCGACUGGGUGGCGCCCGUGCCCACCAUCCCAACGGCCACGCCCGCUCCGCCGCGGAAGCGCAGCAGCUGCACGACGCGGAAGCCUUCGAGCUAGAGGGUCUGAUUUCGGACGAGGAAGACGGACACAAGGUGUCGACCGACAGCCGACGUGGCCGGAAAUCCGACGACGGUGACGAUUCACCUUUGGUUGGAAAGGAGACGUCCCGUUGAUUUGAUGGCGAUCCGCAUAAAAGCCGCAUGCAUCUUCUCUUCUUUAUUCUUUUUUAUCUUACUUCAUUUUAUUUUUUCUUUCACCCUGAUUCCUUUUCUAUGAUUUGACCAUCAAGGACUUCUUCAGGAAUAGCAUGCCACACCCGAAUAGACUGUUCCAGCUAGUCACUUGUUCUCUUUGUUUGGUUGAUCUGUUCGUUCAUGGAGGAAGGCGUCUGUAUUUACUUGCGGGGACCGGAGUACGGGAGUAAAAUAUCA